UCUCGUUUUCUCCCAAUUGAACUUGUUUACCCGGGCGACUUCCUCUCACCUCCAGGAGUCGCGAUAUAAUUGAGUCCACAUCGGCUUCUACUGUAUCUGCCAUGAUUAUCUAAUGAUAACGCGUUAGUUGAAUGUAAAAGAGAAUAAAAAAGGGGAAAGGGGAGUCAUGAAGUUGGGUUGGAAAACGGGCUAAUAAUAACAAUAAUAAUGUGGAAUUAUCCUACAAUAGGCUUUCUUUUUUUUUUGUAUAUCUAUCAUUCAAUCAAUCUCUCAAUAACAACAACAACAAAAAAGGUCCUCACAUAUGGUAAAAAGGUUUCAGGGUCUAGGAAGAAACUUUUUUUUUCAUCAUCAUUAUUGUUGUUAUUAACCAUUUCCCCACUCCCACACAUUACACUUUAAAAGAUGUUAAAAAAAAAAAAAAAAGGUGCUUUUUCUUUCUUUCUUUCUUUUUGAAAAAAAAAUCAACUAAAAAAAAAAGAGAGAGAGAAUACGUACUUAUGAAGAUUUAUAAAGAGAUGAAAAAGAAAAAAAAAAA